UACACACACGCGCACUCCCGCCCUUCAAGCAAGCAGGAAAUCCCUUUCUCUCACGGAUCACCAAGAAAGAACAAAGUUACGAACACACUACCGUCAUGAAUUCAGACAGACCUUUAAAUUCAGCUGCUGAUGACCACCACGACCCCGAGGAAGAGAAGCAUUUGGCGGCAGCCGCCCGUGAGGCUAACCGUCUACCUGAGCUCCGUCUGAUCCUGCUGGGCUGGAGAUGGCCAGGUAAGAGCUUAACCGGCAACACCAUCCUGGGCCGUGAGGAGUUUCGACUGGAACGCGCUGCUGAAUUCAGCGUGAAACGCGAAACCGAAGUGGACAGGCGCAAAAUAACGAUAAUAGACACACCCGGCUGGUUCUCAGCCCAAACCACACCGGCGGAAUAUCAGCAGGAGAUGGUCCGGAGCGUUAGCAUGUGCCCGCCUGGACCUCACGCAUUCCUGCUGGUCAUACCUGUGGGCAUGUUCACCGAAACAGACCGGGCUCGGAUAGAGGAGAACCUGGCGCUGUUUGGAGAAAAUAUAUGGAAGCACACAUUAAUUGUGUUCACCUGGGCUGAGAUUUUAAAGGACAAGUCCAUAGAAAGACACAUACGAAGGGAGGGUCGUGAUCUUCAGUGGGUGGUGGACAAGUGUAAGAAAAGGUACCAUGUUAUCAAUAACUAUAUUUUUGGUGAGCACCCGCAACUGCCACAGCUGAUGGAGAAGGUGGAGAAGAUAGUGGCUGAAGAGGGCGGAUACUUCACGCUUAAGACAGAUGAACCUGAAACAAAAAGUCAAGCUCAGAAUGAGAAUCUAAACACCUCUAAUGUGAAAGAAAACAGGGAGCUCGGUGCUAGACCCAAACAGAACGGUUCCUGCAAUUCAUUGCGAUCUAUGGACGUCGACCCUCCAGAGUUUAGUUGAAGGAUUGAGUAAAUAAUGAUGAUGGACUGUUCCAGUGCUGCUGUGUUCAGUUACCUAACUUGAAAAUUUCUGCUGAAAUAUUUUCAUCACUCAAUGAAGCUUCAGGUUAUCUGGUUUACAGUAGGAAUAGCUUUGAAGCUUAAUUCGACAGAUCACAUCAAUAGGAAUGAUCAUACUGAUAAACAGUGGCGGCUCGUGACUGCUCAUCCGAGGGGCGCUAAGUGUACGGAGUGUCAUGUGUGUGGUUCCUUUUUCCAAAAUAUGUGUUCUGCGCGUCGAGUGAGCCUAUGUGCAUCACGUGUCUUGUCAAAAUAAGUGCCUGCUGCAGAUGUGUCUAAAGGGUUUGUGAUAAAAGAGAAGCAUGCAUUUGCCAGAUACUCGCAUAAUCUCAUCCGUCUUGCAUGUAUUUUGUGAACGUGAGCGUCUCUUUUAUCAAAAAAAAAAAAAAAAAAACGUUUUUUUGACGCGUGUGCAGCAGCCACUUAUUUUGACAAAACGAGUGAUGCACACAGGAUCUCUCAAAGUGCAGAACACAUAUUUUGAAAAAAAGAACCACUCACAUUACGGGCUACAUACAUGUUGUGAUGAACUUCGCAUCGUGCGCCCUCGAAAAAAGAAGUCACUGGCCACCACUGCUGAUAAAUACACUUCACAUAUACUUAUUAAAAAGAUGCAUGUUAAUAUGACUGCUUUUGUUAUACAGUGAGUUAACCAAGUCUUUCUCUAGUUCUCUAGUGUCAUUGCUACAGCAUUUUAUGUUGUAUUGACGUUUGUUGUAAAAAAAACUGAGGUACCUGAGAAACACUCCUGAAUGAUAAUUUAUUUGCACUAAUGAAUUUAACUAUUAGCCUGUAAUAUGACUCGACAAUAAAGCACUAAUAACAGCUGUCAGAGGCGCGGGUCUGUAUGCGUUAUAAUAGUAGUUACAUUGGUCACUUUCACUAUGGUUUGACAGUUUGUCCAAAAUCUUAUUUGUGUCACAUCACUGUUGCCCCCCGGUAAUUAUUAAUGAAAGCACAUUUAUAAUAUUCCUAUUCCUUUUAUAUUAUUUGAGAGUCUAUGAAGUGUUUUCAUGCCUUGAUUUCUGUUUCCAUGUUACUGAAUGUUUUAACAUUGCUGUGAUGUGUUUUCAUUCUUAUGUUUUUAUGUAACGCAUUAUUAUGAAAUCACAGGCCUAAUUAUUUUAUUUAUUUUUCAUCUCUCACAUACUGUACUGUUAGAUUUUUUACAUCAAUAUGCAGAUAUGAAUCUUUACGAAUAUUCGUUUCGGUCCCCUUGAUAAUGACUUUAUUACUUUAUUACUCUGUUGUUACUGAUGUCACUAUAUAUGUUUGUCUUAUGAUAUUAGGUGUUUCGUCCUUAAAAGAAACCGGUUGCAUAGACAUUUACAGUGUUUUAUGCUUUUAAUUGUAUUCAACAUCUUUGCAUUCCUUUUUACAUGUACUGAAAUUUCUGACAGAUAUAAAAAACAUUAUUAUC